AUGGCCGCCACUCAGGGCCCAUCGUCGGCCUUUGAGAGCCCAACGUUUGAUCACACCUUGUCAAUUGCUGUAGACGACGAGAUUGGCUCUGCCAGCAUCAGCCCAGCAGGUCGCGAUGUUGUGCUCGCCAGCAAGAAUGGCCUGCGCAUCAUCGAUCUUGACAACCCCUACUCGCUGCCGCUCUACAUCCCCAAUCAAUCUUCUUGGGAUGUUGCAGAUGUGCAGUGGUCACCCUUUGCCGCUCGCGCUGAAUGGAUUGCCUCGACCCGCAACCAGUUGGCCCUCAUCUACAAUCUCUCGAUGCCCUACAACAACAAAAAGGCGCCGAUUGAGUUCACGCUCCGCGCGCAUGAGAGGGCCAUCACUGACAUCAACUUCUCCGCUCAUCAUCCUGACUUUCUUGCCACCUCGGGUGUAGACAGCUUCGUUUUUGUGCACGAUCUACGGAGUUUCCAAGCCCCACUGAAGCUGGCCGACUUCACUGCUGGCGCCACCCAGGUCAAGUGGAAUCGCCAAAACGACAAGGUCAUUGCCAGUGCCCACGAUAAGUAUCUGCACAUCUGGGACAUUCGCAAGGGCGCCACCCCACUCUCCACCAUCGCUGCUCACAGCACCAAGAUCUAUGGUAUUGACUGGAAUCGCAAUGAUGCCAAGAAAAUCUUGACCUGCUCGCUCGACAUGACCAUCAAGCUUUGGAACAACGUGGGCGUGACGACUACUGUCGAAACCCCUCGUCGAGUCAUACAAACUCACUACCCAGUUUGGAGAGCCCGCCAUACUCCCUUUCCCGCUGGCAUCCUUGCCAUGCCCCAACGCGGCAAUGCAAGCCUUUGGUUGUACAAGCACGUCAAUGAUAGCGACCCAUCGACCUUUGUGAAUGAGCCGGCGCAUGAAUUCCAGGGACAUGAACCAGAUGCACAAGUCCGCGAGUUCUUGUGGCGUACCCGAGGUUCUACAGACGAUGGCCUCGACAACCGUGACUUCCAGCUUGUUUCCUGGGGUACCGACAAACACCUCCAUCUCCAUCGUCUUUCGUCCGAGUUGCUCGAAUCCUCUGUCGGCUUCCGCAAGGGCGAGCCUCUCCUAGAGCAGCCCAGUACGACCAGAAAAGGUGCUAGUUAUGUCUCGUAUCGUGACGGUCCAGUGACUGCGACGGCUGCCUCGACUCGAGAAGAGUUGGGUCCGCCUCGCAAUCAGAGGAAAGGUAACCUCUCUACGCUCUUCCAGAAUUCGACUCUCAACGAGAAGACAUGUGCAUCCGGGUCUGGGUCCACGAUGCAGGCACAGCUUGGACUGGCGGCCGAGACACUGCCACGAGAAACCAUGACUGCGCAGCCAAUCCGUCGCAACAAUCCUCGUGUUGUCACACACAUCACAUGGAUGGACGGUGUCAAGUUCGGCGAUCGACGCAAGGAAGUCAACGACUUUCGCGCCCGCCCCAAUCCACGUGGCUCCGACGAAAAGCAUCCAUACCAAGAGCAGAAUGACCUUGGGGCAGAGAUAUCGUACGUUGGAAACAAGUACAAGAAGAUCACAUUCGAACAGAUCGAUGUACCCGGAAGACGCAUCACCAUCUCCUUCAAUGGUCCCUGGGGUGACUACGAUGCAAACACCGACGAUUUAAAGCUUGUCUUUUUACGUUUCACUAUCCAAUUCCCGACUGGGUACCCCAAGAAAAUCGAAAAACAGCAGCUAGGUACACUGCCGACCAUGGUCACGACCCCGUUGGAGAUCAAAUUCGAGAGAACCACAGCGCCAAUCAGUCGGGAGAAUCAGGAUGACCUCAUGGACAACAUGAUUCGAAUCGCCGAAACAUGCGCACUACAACAGCGGGAAGCCUUGGAGGCCAUACUUUCCUAUGCACUUGGGGAGCGCGGACUAGAAGACAGCCUAAAUUUGGUCGAGGACAUCGAGGACGACCACCUGUUGGAGGAUCUAGGACCGGGACCAGGAAUGAGCUCCAGCGAGGAAGACGAGCAUGACGGCGAGUUUAACAAUGACGUGAUGCAAUCUUCUCAUACGAAUAGUGCUAAUGUGCCCCUUCCCAUCCAGUGUACUGCGUCAUUCUCGGCAUGUGGAUUCCUCGUGCUCGCAAGGAUGCCGUCGACAAAGUCAGCUCCUGGCUUGGACAUGCUCCAGAUCCAAAUUACUAGAAAUCUCCGUCACGGUAUCAACAAGAACGAUAUAUUUGACUCCUUCGGUCGUCUAACUGCCCAAACAGCCGAAGAUACAGAUAACGCUUCUUCCACAUCCUCUGCUGCUUCCUGGGAAGCCUCGUCUUCACCAUCGUCUUCGUCUGGUAUCAACCACGACGCGAACGCACAUAUUGGCAAUUUCCAGCCCCCUUUGGCAUGGCAGAAAGCAGCAUCUCGGUUCCAGUCGCGAGACUCUCUUCCCUCUUCGACCGGUGCAGGAAAAAGGGUCCCCAAGACCAGGUCUAUUGUGUCCAUUUUGCGAUCUGCGGUAGAUGAUUUGAUCCCUAGCAAACAGGUGCUAGCGCAGGAAUACCGGAUCUUUGGCCCAGGACCACUGAUAUGUGAACACAAUUCUGAAGUUGCAAGGAAACAUGGACUUGAGGAUCUGGCGGAUAUUUGGAUGCUCUGCAAACUCAUACUGAAUAAUGAUGUGCCUUUGGAAAUACUACCACAGCAGCACCGAAGAGAUCAGGUCCUUGUUCUUGCCCGGAGAGCUCUUGUGAGGAUUAAACGCAAAGACAGUGGCCUGGACCUUCAGUUUGAUGAUGAUGCUGAUACCGUGACAAAUCCAUCAUUGAAAGGAAGGAUUAAAUGGGGAGAUCAUGCCGUUGUUACCUGGCUUAUCCCUGCCCUCUUUGACCACUUUGAACGUCUUGCGGAUACCCAGAUGCUUGCCAUGUUGUCCUGUAUAUUCGCAGAACCUGCUGCCCGUGAAGGUGUGACCUCUGCCAUGGCCAAGAUGCAGCAGUCCCAACUUCCCAUGUCUAUGGAGGCGCCGGCAUUCUCAUUAGAUUACUUCUCUUCUGCGGAUGCUGCGUGGAGUCUUUUCCGUCCCACUAUAUCUGUUCCGUCCACACCUGCUCACUCACGAUUAACAACACCGGCAAACGAGUUUGGUUGGCAUAGGUUAUCGAGGAACGUGGACACUUAUGGAAGUCAUGGUAGUUCCAAUGGUCCUUGGGGCAGUGACACUGUGAAUUCCGAGCCCAUCACACCUUAUUCGACGGGCAACACACCACCUGCGCUUUCUAGGGUGUCGACCAUGCGGAGCGCGCAGACCGCUGGCCAUACCCCAUAUUCGACGUCGCCUGAACAGAGCCACAGCGGCCUCAAACGGAGCUCUGCAACCAAUUUUGCAAGCGCCGUUGCUGCACUGUCACGACCCUUCGCAAACGCAAUGUCCUCUUCACCGCCAGUCAAAGCACGCAUGGAAGACCUCUCAACAUCUGCACCUACAGGUGGCGUCACUUGGGGAACGACGACAUUUUAUGGCAGCGAGACGCACGAUCGAAGUAGUCUGGCACCAGCGCGCUCAAAACACGGCAAGCGAGCAAGUUUCGGGCAAGCAGAGCAGGUCAACGUGGACUAUAUAUACGACUCUGAUUCUGAUUACGAAGGAGUCAAUAACGAUGGCAACACCUUUGAAAAAGCAUCAGAAUACGUCGCGCCGGGAACCCCCCGCCGGGAGAAUACUGUCAGCUCAAUCAAGGUCACGCUGAAGAACCAAGAUCAGUUUGACGACGAGGCGUGCGUCAGUAGGCCAUUGCUCGAUAUGACUAAGGACUGGCUAUAUCGUGCAUGGCGAGAGCAAUAUGCGGACAUGCUCAGCUGUUGGGGGCUCAUCAACGAGAGGGCAGAAGUACUCAAGUUCAACGGACUCGUGUCCUACUUUCCUCCACUACCAGAACAAAGUCGGGAUAUCACAAGAGCUGGCUCGAUGCAUUUGGCGCUCAAGAAGGGUGGAGAUGACGAAGUCGAUGGUGUAGUGCAAAGACACUUGUCCAGAGCGUCGACCACUUUGGGUGCUCCACCAAUGCCGGUGGCGCAGAUGAGGCGUUCACCUGCGGUCUCUCUACGACAAUUUUCGUUCAAUCCCGAAGCUCAAGAAUUCCAGCCAGGCAUAUCGCCCUUGUUUCCCACAGAAGCAGUGGCACCUCCGCGAGAUGUGAUCAUUCCUACUGAGCAAUACCUACGCCUCUCCAUCCCUGCACCGAACCCGAUCAAAGAACUCACGGACAGUCUUGCUGGAUUGGGUACCUCACCAGGACGAGACAGACUACAUCCUCAACAAGGCAAAAACAGUAGGCCGAGUCUGUCGCGAGGCACAUCAAAUAUUUCCGGUGCCUCAUCCUGGCGCGACGGACAUUCACGCACGAAUACCUCUGUCAAUACAGCGGCAAAUUCCAACCCCAAAGAGCCUGUCUACAGCUGUGGAAUCUGCUGGAUUCGCGUCCAAGGUCGUGUCUACGUAUGCCCUGUUUGCGGCCAUGUUGCACAUUUUGAUUGCAUGGACGACGAGAUUGGCGGAGACGAGGGGGACUGCAUGGUUGGCUGUGGCUGCGGUUGCGGCUUCGAAGACAAUAACGAACGAAGCAGAAUGGAAGCUUACCUUGAAGAUGUCAGAGCAGCGAAUGCAGCAGGCCACCACGUCGCCUGGACGGAAGAUGGUGAUUCAAUGCGCAUGCAGAGUCAUCCAGGCACGCCUAGCUUGUACGAAAACAGUAUCUCUGGCGACUUCAUGACUGGAGGCGGCAGCAAGAUGAUUUAUCAAGGAGAGGAGAAGAGAAGGGAGAGAUUGACGGGUCGGAGCACGGCGAAUACCAGUCCGACGCCAAGUCGAGAUAGGAAGAAGAAGAAGACGAAGAAAAAGACCAGGGUAUCAGGGUUGAGCUACUAUUGA